UGCGGCCCGGCUCCCGGAGCGGUCGCAUCCCCGGUCGGUGGGCUCCUCUCAUAUUGGCACCACCAUGGCGCUCAACAAUUUCCUCUUCGCGCAGUGCGUCUGUUACUUUCUGGCUUUCUUGUUCAGCUUCGUGGUGGUGGUGCCAUUGUCCGAGAACGGCCACGACUUUCGUGGCCGCUGCCUACUCUUUACCGAGGGUAUGUGGCUGAGUGCCAACCUGACGAUGCAGGGGCGGGAGCGCUUCACGGUGCAGGAGUGGGGCCCACCGGCUGCCUGCCGCUUCAGCCUGCUCGCCAGCCUCCUGUCACUGCUGCUGGCCGCUGCGCACGCAUGGCGCACGCUCUUCUUCCUCUGCAAGGGACACGAGGGCUCCUUCUUCUACGCCUUCCUGAACCUCCUGGUCAGUGCCUUUGUGGUCUUCCUGGUCUUCAUUGCCAGCACCAUCGUGAGUGUGGGCUUCACCAUGUGGUGUGACACCAUCACUGAGAAGGGCUCCACACCCCACAGCUGUGAGGAGUUCCAGGAAACGGACUUGGAGCUGAACGUGGACAACUCUGCCUUCUACCAUCAGUUUGCUAUCGCCCAGUUUGGACUCUGGGCCUCCUGGCUGGCCUGGCUGGCGAUCACCACUCUGGCAUUCCUGAAGGUUUAUCACAACUACCGCCAGGAGGACCUGUUGGACAGCCUGGUUCAUGAGAAGGAGCUUCUGCUGGCCAGGCCAGCCUCCCGCACCUCCUUCCAGGGGGAGAAGAGUGCUGUCAUCUAGGCCAUGCAAAGGUGGCCCCCUUUCCUGAGGCCUGCAUGAGGGGGGGCCUGGGGACCCACCAGGCUGGCCAACACAGCUCUGAAUAUGUCUCUUGGCCCUACCCACUGUGAGCAGAGCACCCAAGUUCCCGUGGAGAUCCUGACAGUGAUGGGGAAGAGACCCAGAGACUUGGGGAAGGGGUAGCUUCUGGCUUCCAGUCCUGGCCUUGGUUGGUGUGAUGCAUUCUCCUCUCAUGUGGUCAUUUGCCCAUAUAAGUGCAUGUAUGUGUGCAUGUGUGUGGAUGGGAGUGUGACUGCAGAACCGAGGUGACAAUGCCAGGUUAGCAGCCUUUGCACCACAGGCUCCAGCACACUCAAGUCCCUGCCCCUCCCAUAAGGGGCCAUCCUCCCAUCCCACAGCAUUCGGCCAAGGUCCCCAGGAGAAGGCAGAAGGGGGAGGAUCCUGGUCAGAAUGUGGAACUCUGGGCUGGGCUCUGUCCCCUGCUCUGAGAGGACAUCUGGGGCUGCUUGGCUGUAGUGAGAGAGUCCCACCCUCCUCCUCUUCAGACUUUCUACGUGGCAUGGUUCUCUUUAUUGCAAGGGCGUGGCCCGAGUGGCAGAAGAGGCCCAGCCUCUGAAUCUCUGUGAGUGCAUUCACUGUUCCUGGUUCUAGUCUGAAGUUUUGCUCCAAUGCUGUCCCCUAUUUUCAAGCAAGGUGAUCCUGACCUGUGUCCAAGUCCAGUGUCCACCAGUGGCUGGUGUGUUUCCAGGUGGAAGGCAUUAGCUUCCAGGCUCACUGUGAGGAACGUGUGUGUGUGCACGUGCGCGUGUGCGUGUACGCGUGUGUGCGUGUGCGUGUGUGUGUGUGUGUGAGAGAGAGAGAGAGAGAGAGAGAGAGAGAGAGAGAGAGAGAGAGAGAGUUGGGCUCUAAAAUUUGAAGCCAGCAAGGAUGGUGAGGGUGCUUUCGCAAGGGGGUACCUAUCUGGGGAGGUCAGGGUCAGGCUGACUGACACUCCAGCCUUCUCUGAGGGCUUUGCUGUGCCUGGCUGAGCUCCCUGCAGAGGAUCUGGGUGCUGGAGGAGCAUUUCGAGGUCUCCAAACUGUGGUCUCUUCUCCAGACCCUCACACAAGCCCUGAUAUAUGGGACAUGGGGGACACUGUCUAGCCUUGAGACUCCUCCUCUGUCAUUCCAGGAUUGGCUCUCUCAUCUGCCCCACGUCCUUACUGAGGCUGUAGCCAUCUAGGACCCGAAGGAACAAGAGGCUGGAUGGGGCCUCUGGGACUAGGAUCUGCCUCAGGUGUGGGCCUGCCCUUGGCAGCUGUCUGUUGUGGAUUCUGGAGAGUUUGUUUGGGAUCUGGUCCAGUCUAGAAACCUUCAUUCACCUAUACAUGCCUAGACCUGUGGCCCAGAUGUUGACGUACCAGGGACUCCUGGGGAAGGGCUCCUGGCCUAGGACUGUUGGCAGGACCUGUUGGCUAUAGCCAUGGUCAGGGGUGUCUGUCCAAGAGGGGUCUUAUGGGAGGGAUGGCAAGAGGCAGACAGGCUGCAGAGCAGUCCCCAGGUUGCCUGCAAGAUGCCUCUGCUCCUUUCCAGCCUGCUCCAGGGAAGCCCUGGUUUCAGUCUUCCUGGUGAUCCUUCAUGUGUCUGAUUCUCAAGUCAAAAUAAAAUAAAAACGAAACAUCCGAG